CAGUAGUAAGAACAACAAGAAGGUUGCAGAUGUCGAUCAGUGCUACCAACGGUGACCAACAGUAUGAUCGUGCGACAGCAGUGAGGCAAUUCGAUGAGUCCAAGAUCGGAGUUAAAGGUCUUGUGGACUCCGGCGCCACCACCAUCCCGCCUUUCUUUAUCCACCCACCUGAAAACCUCCCCAAUUCUAACUCCUCCACCGCCCCUUCCGCUUCCGAUCUAAUCCCCUUCGUCGAUCUUACCGGCGUUGAUUCCGACCGUCGAUCUCUCAUCGUGGAACAAAUCCGUGAUGCCUCAAGAGAGUUCGGUUUCUUCCAGGUCAUCAACCACGGCGUCCCGUCCGACGUUAUCAACCGCACGAUCAACUCCAUGAAAGCUUUCAACGAGCAGCCAACGGAGGUGAAGUCUCAGUACUACAGUCGGGAACGUAGAGGCGUGACCUUCUCCACCAAUUUCGAUCUCUACCAAUCCAAAGCCGCCAGUUGGAGAGAUACGGUUCAGAUGAGGUUGAGCCCCACCCGACCCGACUUGGAGCUUAUUCCGGAAAUAUUCCGAAGUGAGGCGUUGGAGUGGGACGAACACGUAAGACGAGUGGGAGAGGUUCUGAUGGAGAUCCUGUCGGAAGGUUUGGGUGUGAAGUCCGAGAAAUUGAAGGAACUAUCGUGUUCGGAAGCGAGGGUGAUGGUGUCCCACUACUACCCUUACUGCCCUCAACCUGAUCUAACCCUGGGGAUUACGCCUCACACUGAUCCUGGAGUGUUGACAAUGCUGUUGCAGAAUCAAAUCGGAGGGUUGCAGGUGAAGCAUGGUGAUGAGUGGUUGGAUGUGAAACCCAUGCCUGAUGCUAUUGUCAUCAACAUUGGCGACAUUCUCCAGGUAUUAUCGAACGAUGAAUACAAAAGCGUAGAACAUAGAGUGUUAGCGAAUCCUCACAGGGAGCCACGAAUCUCGAUCGCUAUUUUCUUAAAUCCAAGCAAGAGGGAAAACAUGUAUGGACCUCUGCCAGAGUUAACAUCACGGGAGAAACCAGCACUUUUCCAGCAAUUUAGACUGGAAGAAUUUAUGAAGAAGUUCUUCACCAAGGAGCUGGAUAGCAAGUCAAUGAUAAAUUUCUUCAAAUUGUGAGGGAGCAUGAGUACUUUUUCAUGGAUGAGCAAUUAAUGUAAUUAAGAAUGACUU